GUGCUGAUCCUCAGGGGAUAACUGGGCCAGUUUCCACAGAGGACACUUGACAGAGAGAGCCACCAUGACCAGUCAGUCUCAGGGCAUUCAACAGCUUCUUCAGGCGGAAAAGCGGGCCAAGGACAAGCUGGAAGAAGCCAAGAAGAGAAAGGUGAAGAGACUGAAGCAAGCAAAGGAAGAAGCCAUGGCAGAAACGGACCAGUACAGAAUGCAGAGGGAGAAGGAGUUCCGACUGAGGCAAUCCAAGAUAAUGGGCUCUCAGAGCAAUCUCUCAGACGAAAUAGAAGGACAGACACAAGAAAAGAUAAAGGAACUGAGUGGAAGCUACAACAAGUGCAUGGAAAGUGUGAUUCAACAGCUUUUGAGCAUGGUGUGUGACAUAAAGCCAGAAAUCCAUUUGAACUACAGAACUACUGACUAGUACACCUUACACUGUGUGCUGAGUGGCAUGCGAGGCCUCCUGUUUGUGUUAGAAAUUCGUAGUGUUGAUAUUAAAUGUAUUGAAUAUCUACAAAGUUACAUGCAACAUAACUCAUAUAUGAACACUGAACUCAGAAGACAAAUAAAAUUGUAUCAUCUUCCUGUUUAUAAUUAUGACUUCACCGUUUAAUUUGGAGUGAUGCAAGAGUACAGAAAAACAUAUUUUUUAACACUUGAACAGAAUCCAAUCAUGAUAUUUUUUCUUAUUUCUUAUUUUUAUCAAAUUAGAAAACAUGAUAUUAAGUGUGAUUGUUAAAUUAUGUUUUAAUGUUUGUAUGGGCCAUAUAUAUAUAUGGUUUGUGGAGUGUGUGUGUUGGUGGCUGUGCAUGCCAUGGAGCAUUGCAGAGGUCAGAACAAGCAAGGUGUUUGUCCCUUACUUAAGCCUUCUUUUUGACACAGGGUCUCCAGUGUUUUUGCUAUUGAAUGUGCACCUGUCAAGCUUCCAGAUUCCCCUAACACUGCUUCGCAUUGCUAUGGCUUCAUUGAGAUUACAGACACAUGUGCCACUUUCAUCCAGAUGUAAGUGGGUACUAAAGAAUUGAAGUCAAGAUGUCAGGCUUGCAAGCAAGUUUGUUUAAUCAGUGAGCCAUCUUCCAAACCCUAAAUCAUAAUUUAUUAAAGGGGAAGAUAAUUAUUCCUAUAUACAUUUCAAAUAAACAUGUCAAUGACUUUAUUUAAUUAAUUAGUUCAUGUGGAAAUUGGAAGAUGCUAUUGCUAGUUCAAAAAGUCAUUCUAAAAACAGCAUAAAGAAAAGACAGAGAGAAAUGAUAGUUUACAAAUUACUUUGAACCUAGCCCAGAGCUAGGGGGAUAGCUCAGGCAAUAAAUGAAGACCUAAAUUCAAUCCCUAGAACCCACAUAAGAUUGUCAGAAAUGUUUGUGCACAUUUGUAAUCUCAACACUGGGAAGAUGGUGAGAGAUGAAUCUCCAGGGCUCAAUGCCCAGCAAUUCAGACCUAAUUGGCAUGCUCCAGACCUGUCUCAAAAAAGAGGUGAGCAGCAUUUUGGAGGAACAAUAUCCAAGGUUGUCCUCUGACUUCUACAAGCAUAUGCACAUACUUGCAUGCAUGCCAAUAUACAUGUACACCUGCAUGCACACACAUAGAUUCACAAAUCACACACACACACACGUGUGCAUGCGCACGUGCAAAAGCAACUCAAUAAAAACAAAAAUGGAUAUGGUAACUAUUCUACUUUCCCCACUUUAAUCUAAUAUUAUUCUCUUUCAAGUGUAAUUUUUUGAACAGAAGUUGGUAAUCUGAUAAUAUAGAUAUUUGGGUUUUUAUAUAUAUAAAAAAUAAACUCCCAGCAUAAUGCGUUAGUAUGCCAUUACUUCAGUAUCUUUGUAAUAACUAAGCUAAAUUCUUGGGAGUUAAUUAUCUUGUAAAUUCAAUGUGUAUAUUAUGUCUGUCUUUGUGCGGGGGGAGAUAUUAGUGCCCACUUGCACACAGGAGAAAAUCUCAGAACCUGACGUGGAGUUGCUUGUGGGGUGGUUAUAGCCAGACUUUGGCCUGAGAAUGGAUAGAUACCAACAGUCCCUUUACCUCCUACCAAGCUGCCAUCCUAAGGAGAUUCUAUAUUUGCAUCAUUAAGGAUCUUGGAUACUGAAGGUUAUGGAUUUUCAAAUAAAGUGUGAAUAAAUUUUAAUUCAAGGACAA